CCUUUUCAAGAAGCAAGGACAUCUUGCAUGUGUAAUGGCUCUGUGUUGCUUUAAAAGCACUUGAAAAGCACUCCUUGUUCACACAUACUGUAGAGCAACUACUGUUUUAAAUGAUCGUCUGAAAUACAGCAACUUGAAAAUAUAUUCAGCACCUUUUGAAUAUGACAAAAAGCUCCUUUUUCCUGUGUUAGGAAGAGAGAAGGCAUUUUAAUAGGGAAGCUGGAGAAAAAAACAGUAAGUUACAACUUAAAAAACAACUUAGAAAGUGGCUUUUCCUUUCAAGGGGAUCUGAGUAUAGGUGGCCCGUUAGACCAGGUAUCAGUAACAUUUGUGAAGUGCACAUAGGAACUACCCUCUUUGAGGGUCUUGCUGCUCAUCUUCAAAGAGAAAAUAAGCUCUUGGGGGUGGUUUUUUUUGUUGUUGUUUGUUUGUUUGUUUGUUUGUUUUUUAAAUGAACUAAGGAACUUUUCAGCUCUUAUUUUUCCUCGUGAGCAUGGGAAGAGCUCACAAAUAGGAAGAACUCCCAUCCAUUGCUGGCUUUCCUGACUUUUUAGCAAAUGCUGAUUUCUGUCUCGAGCUUUGUUGGCAUAUUGUAAUUCUGAUGGCUUCUAAGUAUCUGUUCUGUGUGUGUGUUUGACUGUUUAAAACAAACAAACAAAAACCUCCACCAGUACUGCCUGACCUCCUACACCACUUCACUGCCACAAUUUGCUAUCUCACUAUCCUAGAGCUGUGCUUAAGGAGAAGCCUUGAGCAUUUUGGGGUUGGUCUUCUCUGGUCUGCUUUUUGUAUGAAAGUGCAAAUUGAAUGGAGGGGUUGAUGACUUCCAAAGUUUUGGAAGGAAGCCUCUUUUUUAGGGAGCAGAGUUUUAGUUUUACAGUUAAACAUGUAGCUAGAAUGCAUGCCUCACAGGUGGAUGUGGGAUUGUGAACAGAAACACCUCUGCUAGGUUUCUUGAGAAAAUAAAGCCCAGAAGCCUUUAUGGUGUUGAUGAAACAAGAAUUAGAGUGUUAUCUAGUUGAGUUUCCAUAUAGGCUGACAAUCAGACACUUUGGGAUUUAUCAGAGGAACAAUUCUGGAGUGAACAGCCUGCACCUGACAAGAGGUUUGAAUGACAAAGCUUGACCCAGUAGUGGAAGCAACUAUGCUGGUGACUAGGAAGACAAUAACUUCCUGCUUUGUUCCCCAGACAGAUUCACUGUUUUCAGUUUUUGGUUGAUACUAGUCUGAAUUAGCUGCAAAGGUAAUAGCCUGGUGCAAGAUAUAUCAAAUGUGUGUAUAGUCUAGGAGCUGUUAAAUUUCACUUACAUCUGCACCUGCCCUUGCCUGGAGAAGCAUCGAAGCUGAAAAACACGCACUGUGCAAGUGCUUUCCCCUGAAGUUGUGUGAGAAAUAAUACUGGUUCCUUCAAUCUGCCUACUGUGAAAAAUAAAUUCAUGAGAUUGCCUCUCCCAAGGGCUGACUUACAUUGAGCGACAUACCUUAAAAUGCCUUUCUGAGCAUGUUAUACAAAACAAUUUUUCUAGUAUGCUGCAUAUUCCAUGUGCAUUUUUUUUUUCUGGUUGACCUUCUCAGAUCAGGUGCUGCCACCGAUUCAGUGGAAGAAAUCUCAUUUAUUUGACGUGCGCAAUGACCUCCUGUUAAUGUCCUUCCCCUCCUCUACACCAGUGGUAACACUUAAGCUAAAGAGAAGUUCCUUUAGCAAGCACAAGGAUUGUUGGAGGUUGACACGAGCCCUGCUCUGCCACCGUCUUCAUCUCAUAGCAUUCUCAGCGCUCUUUAUAGGAAUGAGCUCCCUGGCUUGCAUAAGGUAAUGUUGAAAGAGGUCACUGUCCUCCUUGUAGGGGUGAAGGCCUGUCUUACACAGAGCCCUUGUCCCUGUAUUUUAAGAGAAGAGUGUUCCUUUAGGGUUACAACGGUUUGGGUGGUGUACAGCACUCUGAGGCCAGGAUCUUGGGUGGCAGCUCGUUUCCGUGUGGGAAAUGCUUCAUAAUUACCAAGCAGUACAGGUAGGUACCCUUGCCCCACCAUGAGGAUUUAAAAGCAAUUAAGUUGUUCCGCAAUUUAGCUGUUUUCCUGUCCCGUAAGAGAAUGCAAAUAGGUGAGAGUGUGAGGAAGAACUGCUCUGAGUCCUCUACGUUACGGGCAGCUGAAAACAGGAGGCCGGGAUCCUCCCGUCAUUUGUCGAGCGUGGUGAUCAAGGGCUUGGUGUGUCUGCCCAGGCGUGCUCGAGCUGUUGGGAGCUGCUCUGGGCAUGGAUGGAGAAAGAGAGGGUGGGGUUCCCGUGCAGAGCCCGGGGAGGCGGGGAGCCACACAAGAGGAGGAAAUGAAAGGGGGAGGCCGAGCGAUCGGGAGGAUCCAGCCGGUGCUGCGCUGCAGGGCCAUGGCCCAGCCCAGAGCCUGUGAGUAGUUGCCCCAGCUCUUCGUGCUGCCCACGGGGCCUGGUUCGGAUGGUGGUGGGAGCCCUUUGGCUUGUCUUUCUGGAGGAGAGAGGCAAGAAGAGGUGUUUGGGAGCGGGUCAAAGCUGGCUUUCCAAGCAGGCUCGUGGCACGCUCCAGGUUUAGGUGGUGAUGCUGAAAGCUCCUGAGCCCGGCAUCUUGCGCAAGGGGGUGCCACGCGCGGCGUCAUCCGGCGAGGAAGUGAAACAAGGGAGAGGAGAGCGAGUUCAGCUCUAUUUGCUUCUAGUCCUGACCCCCGGCUCUAUUCUCACGUGCAAAUCCCUCUGCCAUAAGCACCCUCCUUUUGGGGCUGCUCUGGCCCAAGGCCUUCCGCAGCUCCCAUCUCCUGCUCCCUAUCCUCUGGGACACCCCUGCUCUCCCUGCCUUAUUCCCUGGCCUCCUUGGGCUGGCAGCAGUGAUUUGGGGAGUCGGAGCCUGCAUCUGGAGGGGGAGGAUGUGAGAGAGGAAGUGUCUGAUCUCGCCAGCCCUGGCCUCAAAGCAUCAUUGCCUUGGCUGUGGUCUGGCGCUGGGGGUGGGUGGCAGCACAAGGGCGAUCUGGGCAGGUUAUCUGGGGAGCAGCUCUCCGCCACGUGCUGGCUCUGCCCUGCCAGCCCGCUGCUGAAAUAAGGGCUGCUGCAUCUGCUGGCACAGCUCUCACAGUGCUCUAAUGAAAGCAAAGCUGUUAUUGCAACCCUGGGGCUCCCGGCCGAGAUGCGGUGGGCACCAUUUCUUCUGCCGCUUCCCCCAUCUUCAGGCCCAGACAAGAUCCUCUCGUCUCGGCUUUGUUCCCUCUCCUGAGUGGGGCCAGGAGCUGUGGUCACGCUGCUCAAACAGCUCUUUGCGUUUAGCCUCAGCUUUGCCUUGCUGGACAGAAUGGUCUCAAAUUUUGCCAAGCACAAGGUCUCAAGAGAGCAAACGAUCUGCCCCUGUGCGGCUGAAAGGCUCUCUUCCAGCAGGCCGGCAGCUGCGUGGUGUCCUUACAAACCUUUCCUGUCCCACGUGCCCAGGUCCAGAGCAGGACUGCUUGCGGGAGGUGACUCUCUCCACCCAGAGGCUGCGGGUGCUGCCCCCAGCAGUCCUGAGCAAUCCCGCGCUGGAGAGCCUUGACCUCGACAGGAACAAACUCAGGAGCAUCGCCGGCGUUUCUAAGCUUCGCAACCUGAAGAAGCUCAUACUGUCCAAGAACGAGAUCGUGGACUUUCCCAGAGAAAUCCAGAGACUGGUCUGGUUAGAGAAGCUCGAACUGAAUCAGAACCAAAUCCGAGUCAUCCCAGAGGGGAUUUUCUCUCAUCUCCCAAGGCUUAAGCAUUUGCGGCUGAACAACAACCGUCUGGGUGCUCUCCCCAGGGACCUGGCAGCCUGUCGAGGCAGCCUCCAGUACCUCAACAUCUCCAACAACCUGUUUCGAACCUUCCCCCAGCCUGUCCUGCAGCUGGCAAACCUACAGGAGCUCCACGUGCAGAAUAAUGCCCUUCGCCAGCUCCCCAAGGAGCUGUUCCAGGGGCAGUCCCUGAAAAUGUUUAGGGCCAACGGGAACCCGCUCAGGGAGCCACCCAGCGAAGUGUGCGCCGGUGGCAUCCAGCAGAUCCUGAAUUACUUCAACCAGCUCCAACAUGGUUCAGGGCAGGAGGACAAGAGGGUCAAAACCAUGUUCCUGGGGGCCUCGCUGGCAGGGAAAUCCACCAUCUGCAAGAGCCUGAAGCAGAGACAAAGCAAACUGGUGCCCAAGGAAGAGCGGACGGUUGGGAUAGAGAUCAGCGAGUUCCGGAUCGAUGACUUCACUUUUCUCUUCUGGGACUUUGCUGGCCAGCUGGAGUAUUACAUGACUCACCAUGUGUUCAUCACCCCACAGGCACUUGUCAUCCUUGUCAUCAACCUCCACAGGUACCAAACUAACGAUGACACGUUCAAGGACCUUGUUGGUUUCUGGAUCAACAACCUGUCCAUGCGAGUCCCAAACUCGGUGGUGCUUCCUGUGGGAACCCACGUGGACUGCUGCCGGGAGGGAGAGGUGGAGGAGAAGAGGUCCGACAUCAUGUCCAAGAUCGCGGCCAUGCUGGUGGAGAGAAAAAACAACCUUGCUCACUUCAUCAACAACCUGGAGGACAGCGAGGAGCCUGAGUUUUAUGUGGACCAGUGGGAGAGGCUGAAGGAGAUGGAGAACCACAUGUUAACCAUCUUAGACUUAGUUGCUGUCAACUGCACGAACCACCGUGACAUCAAAAGGCUCGAAGCCACGAUUCUGGAGCACGUGAGGAACGAAGAGCUCUUCCCCGAGGUGGUCCGGGUGCUGCCGCCUGUCUACCGGCAGGUGGAAGCCGCCAUCGUGGAUAUCGCGCAGGGCGAGGAGGUGGCCGAGCACGGCAUGAUGGACCUCCAGUACCUGCUCAGCAAACUCUCCCUGCGCGAGCACCUGGCCAGCCUGGACAGAGAGCUGCUGCAGGACAUCUUGCGGUACCUCCACCGCAUCGGGCUCAUUGUGUGGUACGAGGAAAUCAAGCACCUGGAAAGCACCGUCUUCCUGCAGCCCACCUUCCUCAUCACUAUGUUCAGGCUCCUCGUGAGGUACCGCCUGGUCCAGCAGCUGGAGAGCAUCUCCGUGGACACGCUGAUUGCAGAGCACGCCACCAUCAGAGACAGGUCCAACUGGGUGUGGACCUUCAAGUCAAAGGCAAUGCUGUGCCACCGGGCAGUGCGGGCUCUGGUGAAGUACCAGCUCUGUUCGGAAGGGAUGCAGGACGUCUUUGAGGAAAUCAUGGGGUACAAGCCCCACAGAGGGAGAGGGAAGCUCUUCAGCCUCCUGGAGCACUUCGAGCUCUGCCUGGAGGUGAGGCACGCCAAAGCUCUCAACCCACAGGCCUGCGAGUUUGUGCCUGGGAAGCCAUGGGAGACCACGCAGGGCCAAGGGGAGUCCUGGUACUUGUUCCCAACCUACCUGAACCAGACCGAAGAGGUCGCUGAGGUGUGGGGAGGAGAUCACCCCGAGGACCUCCACAUCCGUGCCUACUUCUCACCUGAAAUACCGGAGGGUUUCUUUCAGAGGUUCCUGGUGAAAGCUUGUUCCUUCUACUCCACACACUGGGUGGCCAAGAUGACCUGUCUGCUCAUAUGCAACGGCAAGCCUCUGCUGAUCAAAGAGAACAACCAGAGGGCGUACAGCUACCUGGAGCUCCGAAGCAGAAAGCCAGCAGGAACAACGGGAUUCCAGUUUACCUGGGACUUCCUCAUGGCUGUCGUGUUCAUCGUCCAGAAGCUCUCAGAGGAGUGGCCAGGGCUGCACGUGUGCGUGAAGACGCCUUGCCGGACUGCCGGCUGUCCUGCGGAGCUGGUCUGGCCAGACAUGGAUGGCAAAAACGCUGUGACGAAGGAAGAAGUUAAAACCUGUGGAACGUGUGGUCAUCGGUUUGGAACAGAGCUGCUCUUACCAAAAGUGCCCACGCACCCGGAGGCGCCCCCGGCGCAGCCAGCCGUUCACUACUACGUGACCAGCUACGGCACCACCACCUUUGGACCCAGCAGCAUCCACGUCAACCGGCAGAACAUCUCAAGUGAGUAACCUCAGGCGAGCAGGGAGGUGCUUGUGGAAGACAUAAAUAGUACUUUUAAGGCAGAGAUGAGCUGUUCUCAACGCGUUUUCUUCCUGGCAUGCAAGUCCUGCAUGCAUCCCUGAUGCAUGGAAAUAAAUACAUAAAUAAAUGCGUCCUUCA